AUGGAACGUUUGGACUUGCUGGGGUUCCUAAUCAUCACAUUAAAUUACAAUGUGACAAUUGUGGGAAAGAUCUGGCUUAUCUUCAUGACACUGUUGAGGAUGAUGGUGAUCAUUUUGGCAGGGUACCCCAUCUACCAAGAUGAGCAGGAAAGGUUUGUUUGCAAUACUCUGCAGCCGGGAUGUUCCAACGUUUGCUAUGAUAUCUUCUCCCCUGUGUCCCACUUCCGGUUCUGGCUGAUUCAGAGCUUGUCGGUCUUCCUCCCUUACGCUGUCUUCAGCGUCUAUGUGCUCCACAAAGGUGCCAUGCACGCUGCGGUUGGACGCUGCCGCUCAGAUGGCCGCCAAGGGAGCCAUGACCCGUCGGACCUGACCACCGCGGAGAGGCACCGCCCACGGCCCUCCAGGGAGGGGCACAGCCUGGACAUCCCAGACUACUCGUCUGGCUAUAUCGCCCACCUCUUUCUUCGCACCCUGAUCGAGGCAGCUUUUGGGGCCCUGCACUAUCUUCUCUUUGGCUUCAUGGUUCCAAAGAGGUUCUCUUGCUCCCAUUCUCCUUGCACCAGCGUGGUGGAUUGUUACAUCUCUCGGCCCACGGAAAAGUCCAUUAUGAUGCUUUUCAUCUGGGGAGUCAGCGCCCUCUCCUUCCUCCUCAGCGUCGCUGACCUGAUGUGCAGCGUGCGCAGAAGAAUGCAGAGGGGGCCAGCGCCCCAGGGGGUGGCCAGGACUUCCUCCAGCUGGAGAGAGAGCCGAGACCUGACGUCUCCCCCUGGCCACGCUGGGGAACGCGUGGCCUCUCAGAGCCUGGAGAGAAGGCCGAGUCACAUCAGUGAGGAUGGCGGGUGGGAGGAAGAGGAGAUGCCAACUCACCCAGGCGUGUGGGCCAGAGAGCAGUGCACCAGGACCAACGUCAACAGCCCCAAUGAGAAGUCCGAUGUGUCGGGAAGGAUGGAGCUUCCAGAUGAGUAUGAGAGUGAGGUGAUGUCCUCAGCCAGUGAGAAGAUGGCCGGGACUCAUCCAGAGCUCCGGGGUAGGCUCCACAGAGAGGCCACCCAGGACCCAAGGAGUGAGGGCCACACCGACUGGGGACAGCUUCUCUCAGCCCCCCGGAGCCGGCUUGCGGGGCACUAUUCAUCUACUGACCUACCACCCCCUGACCAGCUGGCAAAGUCCGGCAGUGCUACGCACCUGAGAACCAAAAGGUCUGAAUGGGUGUGAGGAGGAAACGCCCAGCAGU